UCGUCGUCGUCGAUACCCGUUCAAACGUCGGCGUGCGUCCACUGAAAAACGGUCGCACACGGUCACCGUGAUUGUUGAGAUUCAGCGAAACUCGUGCGCUGCACUCGUCGUCGAUUUCCUUUUUAGUUUUUUGAUUUUUAUCUCUCGUGCGCCGCGAUCCUGAAGAACCGUUCGUGAGGGAAAAAAAACCUUAUAAUAAUAAUAAUAAUAACUGUAGAACAAAAACCGUGCCAAAAGCCACUUGCAAACCUAGAGGAAGAUUUUUAAAGUGAAUUAUUUUUUUCUCGUCACAUUGUUAUACUCACCAGAUACGUCACAAAUCGCGCUCAUACACAUCACAGAGUGGUCACCGUCGCGCCACAGGACGUCCGCAACAGGUUUACUUAUCACAUCGAGUACAAAAUAAUGUGCUAUAUCAUCUAGAAAAAUGGUGCACGCAGGCACGGUGUUAAUUAGUUCCAUAAAGUUGGCGACUAAGUUAGUCGGUGGCGGAAAGUUACUUUUUUUGCCAACGUUUUUAGCCGCUUUAGCCUAUUACAACUACGAUCUGUAUGACCCGGAGAGCCGGUUAGUAAACGAGAGAAACCUUAGAUCUGAGUAUGACUUUAUAGUGGUGGGAGGUGGUUCAGCGGGUGCGAUAGUCGCCAACCGUUUGUCCGCGAAUCCAGAAUGGAACGUAUUAUUAUUGGAAGCGGGCGGUCAUGAGUCGGAAAUUACGGACGUGCCGGUCAUAUCACUAUAUUUACACGGCAGCAAGUACGACUGGAAAUACAAAACGCAACCGGACCCUUCAGCGUGCAAAGCAAUGAAGGGUAAUCGGUGUUGUUGGACUCGGGGUAAAGUGAUCGGUGGCUCCAGCGUUCUGAAUACUAUGCUGUACGUGAGAGGCAACAAACGGGAUUACGAUAAUUGGGAGAAACUCGGGAAUCCUGGCUGGGGAUUCGAAGAUGUACUACCUUAUUUCAAAAAAUCUCAAGACCAACGAAACCCGUACCUGGCCAAAAACACUAGAUACCACGCUACAGGGGGAUAUCUCACGGUACAGGACUCACCAUGGAACACGCCCUUGGGCGUUGCUUUUUUGCAAGCUGGCGAAGAAAUGGGUUAUGAGAUAAGAGACAUCAACGCUGAGACGCAGACUGGAUACGGGCUGUAUCAAUUCACUAUGCGUCGUGGUUAUCGGUGCAGUUCUUCGAAAGCUUUUCUACAACCGAUCAGGCUUAGAAGAAAUUUGCACGUAGCCCUUUGGUCACACGUAACUAAAGUGCUCAUCGACCCGGAGAGCAAACGAGCUUAUGGCGUGGAAUUCGAACGGGAUGGACUAAAGAAGACCGCGUUAGCUAAAAGAGAAGUCGUGCUGUCCGCGGGCGCCAUCAACAGUCCUCAAUUGCUGAUGCUCUCCGGUGUUGGACCGGAAGAGCACUUGAAGAAUGUUAACAUACCAUUAAUCCAUCAUUCACCUGGCGUCGGUGAAAAUCUUAUGGACCACGUUGCUGUCGGCGGUCUGUUAUUCCUCAUUGACUUUCCAGUCAGUUUGGUCAUGAAUCGAGUAGUCAACAUACCAGCAGCUUUAAGGUACGCCGUGCUGGGCGAAGGCCCGUUGACGUCGUCCAUAGGACUGGAAACGGUCGCGUUUAUCACGACCAAGUACGGUAACCAGUCGGACGACUGGCCGGACAUCGAGUUCAUGUUGACGUCCACGUCGACCAACUCGGACGGCGGCACGGCAGCCAAGAAGGCCCAUUGUCUGCGAGACGAUUUCUACGAUGAACUGCUGGCCGACCUCAACAACAAGGACGUGUUCGGCGUGUUCCCGAUGUUGUUGCGUCCCAAGAGCCGGGGCCGCCUACUGCUCCGCAGCAACAGCCCGCACCAGUACCCGCUGUUGUACCACAACUAUUUCUCGCACCCCGAUGACAUCAGAGUGCUGCGGGAGGGCGUGAAGGCCGCGGUGGCCGUCGGUGAGACGACCGCGAUGAAACGGUUCGGCGCCCGGUUCCACGCCAGGCCGGUUCCCGGUUGCAAGACCAUCGAACAGUUUACCGACGAGUACUGGGAAUGCGUGAUACGUCAGUACACGAUGACCAUCUACCACAUGUCGGGCACGUCAAAAAUGGGACCACCUACCGAUCCUUUUGCCGUAGUAGAUCCUAAACUGAGAGUGUACGGAAUCCAGGGUUUGAGAGUGAUUGAUGCCAGUAUUAUGCCUCAGAUCACAAAUGGCAACAUAAAUGCGCCAACAAUGAUGAUUGCUGAGAAAGGCUCGGACAUGAUAAUCAAUUAUUGGAAAGGCAUCGACACGAAAAGGAGAAAACGGAGGAGCGCCUUAAAUAUCACAAUUAGCUAGGAUUAUACCAUAAAUAUUUUACCUCAGAAUUAGGUUUAGUUAAACCUGUCACCUUCAGGUUUACAUUCCUAGAUCAUCUCUAUACGUAAAAUUGUGUUGCUCAAUUUAUAAAAAAAA